AGAGGAAAAAAUAAGCAUAUUUAAGCGGGAACACGAUCAGCUGGCAGUGCUCCGCCAACACGUGGGAGGCUUGGGUGUGACUGCUGUUAUCCCGCGUCGUGUGCAGUGGUCGUGGUGGGCGUGACUAUUUCUUCCCCUGUAUUCCUCGCUGUCAGUCACACACACAUCACCACCAUGAGUGUGAAGUUUGUUGGCAUGCCGGAAAAUAGAAAUAACUCAAAAUUACAGGAGAUGCAGCUCUAUCAAGAGGCUCUCUCCUGUCUGGAGCUCCUAUCCAUGCAGCUGGAGGGCAACACUGACUACCCAGUUGUGGAUCACCUUUAUGAGAAAUGCCAUGAGGCCAUCUCAAUCCUCCGCUCAGAACAACACAAUCCUCACAUUUCUGCCUCCUUAGAGAAUCUGCUGGAGAUCAUUAACUUCCAAAAGUCCAUGAUAGACUCACGGACAACCCAAAAUUUUCACCGCACCCAGAGUGAUGGCCUCAUUAAGUACCCUUCUUACAUCAAGAUGACUCAAGACAGUAGUUCUCUGCAAUGGCCAUCCAAGAGGUGCUCUGAGAGUGAAGUGAGCCCCUCAGUGCAGGACAUGCUGCUGCCCUCCACUGGACCCACUGAGACUUUGGAGAAUGUGAUUGGCCUGGAAGAGGCAAAGCAAAUACUGCAUGAGGCAUUAGUAAUGCCAAUCAAAUAUCCUCAUUUAUUCCAAGGUGGUGCCAAGCCUUGGACACGCCUACUUCUGUAUGGUCCUCCUGGCACAGGAAAGACCAAGUUAGCCCGAGCUGUGGCAUCUGAGCUCCAGUGUCCUUUCUACUAUGUGUCUGCAGCCAAUCUCCUCUCUUCAUGGGUAGGAGAGUCAGAAAAGUUGAUCAAAGAACUAUUCCAACAUACUCGAAAACAACACAGCCAAGCCAUCAUAUUCUUUGAUGAAAUAGACUCCUUGUGCCGCAAGCGUUCACAGCGGGAUGCUGAGCACUCACGAAGGGUGAAGUCUGAGUUGCUGCAACAGAUGGAUGGCAUCGAAGAGGACAUCACCUCCUCUUUGUUUGUGCUGGGUGCUACUAACUGCCCUUGGGAUAUGGAUCCAGCCUUCCUUCGCCGUUUUCAGAAACGUAUUUAUGCAUCUCUUCCUGGCAGGGAGGCACGAAGAGCUAUCAUUAGCAAGCAUUUCACUACGACACCACUACAGCUAACUGACUCAGACUGGCAGACACUUUUGGAUGCCACGGAAGCAUAUUCAGGUGCUGACCUCACACACCUUGCCACAACAGCUGCAUUCAUGCCCAUCAGGGAACUACAAUCAGCACGAUUUUGGAGGUUCACUUCAGACAACAAGAUCACGCCCUGCUCCAAUGAGACUCUAGGAGCUAUGCAGUACACCCUUAGUAAGCUUCCAGCUGAAAGAGUUAUUGCUCGAGAUGUAGAACUGCAGGACUUCCUGACGGCGACUCGCACCACUCCACGCACUGUAAGCCAAGCAGACACACAGCAGUACCUCGAGUUCUCCCAAACCAGCACACAGUCAUAGUUGAUGUGUUGUGAGUGGAGAGAGUACCUGGCAAGUGUAUCUGCCUGACCUCAGGGAAACUGGGAUCCUGCAAGGUCUUUAGAGGGCAGUGACUAUGGUGAUCAGAAUUGUUACCUGAAGUAAUUAAGUAGUACAUAUAGUGCCAUUCUCUCUCUCUCUCUCUCUCUCUCUCUCUCUCUCUCUCUCUCUCUCUCUCUCUCUCUCUCUCUCUCUCUCUCUCUCUCUCUCUCUCUCUCUCUCUCCAGUUAAUCAUAAUUUUGCCUGGAUCCUCACCCAGCUUCCCUUAUACUGUAAUGUAUGUGAAAGUAUACUUUUUAUUGUCACAAAUCAUCAUCUGAUGAUGCUUUAAAAACGAGAAAAGCAAUAUAUUGUUUUGUAGUGCUAGCAUUAAUUGGUGAUAAAAUUUAUAGUGUAUAAGUACACAUAAAAGGAGAAUGUUAUAUUUGUAGACAUUUUUUAAGGGAGUGUUUUGUUCAAAGCAUAUUAUUUUCAAGUUAAUACUGGCUUGUAGUAUCAGCCAGUUGUAUGCAGAAACAGAAAUAGUGAAUGAUUUUGGUGCUAAGUACUCAUAUAUUUAUAGUUUUCUUACUUAGUUGUAGGUAUAUAUAAAGAUUGUGAGUAGUUUACAUUGUUAUUCUGACUGUGAUUGGAUCCUAUGAUGGUUAUAUGAUGUUUGUACAGUAUAUGUGAUGAAUAUGUAGUAUGUUGUGUAUAGUUCCUUGGUAUCUUUUUGGUUAGACAAGGGCAAGGUGAAUGUGAAACAUUGCAUACCUUACCACUCAAGUGUAGAAUUAUGUUUAAAUUCUAGUUAACUAAAAUUGAAUCCUCAGGAUUUCAUUAAUAUUUUGCUUGAAGGAGUAGGUGUGAAAUUCAAGGAUAAGUUUUGGAGCAAAGAAACAUUAUUGAUCAAGAUGUCUGUCGUUUAUGAUGAUCCAAAACCUCAGUUUCUUUGAAAUCUUGAUAUUUCUUUUCAAAAUUAUGCACUGACUGUGCUUUACAGGAAAAUCUGUCAAAGUAAUUUUGCUACUUGAGAGCACACAAACUGGAAAAUAACACAAUAACUAAUGCUUUCACCCACUGAGUGUUUUCCAUAUUCCAAUUUUAUUUUAAAAACAUUUAGCACAUUUAAGCUGUAUUCCUCCCAAAACUUUCAAUGAAUGUUAAGGUAUUCAGCUAGAUUAAGUAAACGUAUGUAGCCUAACUGGUAUCUUACAAUUAGAUAGUAUUUUUGUAGGAAUGAGAAAGAUUUGUUGACUUUUUAAAACAAGAUAGGAAUGUACUGUAAAGGCCAGUCAUUGAGUGAAAGCAUGGGUGAAUUACAAUGUAACCAUGUUCACAUGUCCCCAGGUAGCAGAAUUACUGUGAUGACUUGGUGAAACAGUAUAGUUCUUAAUUUUGUUACAAAAUACAUCAAAAUAAAUUCCAUUUUACUGUUCAGUAGAAUAUGUAUAUUUUUCAGUAUAUGUAUUUUAGUUAUUAAAAAAAAGUGGUGUGCAUAUUGUGCUUAUGUUUUGUUCAGUGAACAGAGUACAGAUGUAUCAAAGACUGCCAAGUAGUCAUAGAAUUGUCAGAUUCUCUGCAGACAUGUACUUUGACAGAAAACACAAUGGUUUGCUGUGCAUUUUUAUAAUUUUCUAUUUGAAAAUAUGUAUUGAGCUUCAGUAAAACAAUUAUAUGCA